GUGUGCGAAACCCGGGCAAAUGUAGAGGACGGUCCUGAGGGAGCCCCUUUGCCCUCUGUUCUUUUCUGCCCUGCCAUAGCUUCCCUCCAGCCACCAGGAAGGCUGGCGCUACUCCCAUGCCCACAAGGCUAUCCUGGGGCCCUUCGGGGAGCUCAUGACCGAGGAGGACAUCCUCUACCUGGAGAGGCAGAUCGAGAACCUCCAGGUGAUGCACAAGGUGCAGAAGGUGGAGACCCAGCUGGAGCAGCUGGAGCAGGAGCUGCAGCAGCUGCUGCCCGUCUCAGCCGCCUUGGCGAAGGAGCACUUCACCGUCAACCCCAAGCGCAUGCAAGGCCAGGCCGAGGACCUCCCGGCCUGGUGCAGCAAGAUCUCCACCCUCCUGAAGAGCAUGGCGCUCCUCCUGGCCACCCUGGGUGGGAAGGCCAUUACCCUGGCGGACAUGGUCACCCCGCAAGGGCCGGAGCAGGCGGGCAGCAUUGCUGCCGUGGGGGCUGCACCACCUCUCAAAGAAGGCCCCUCCAACAUCACUCGGUCGCAGUCCUUCAGCUGCACCCGGGAGGAGGUGGAGAAGGAGAUCAUGCAGUGGGGGGUGUCGGUGAAGAACCUCAAGGCCAAUUAUGAACUGCACAUGCAGGCACAGGUGCCCAAUGCCAUGCCCAGCCGGGUGUACAAGAGGAAGCGGUCCUUGCCAGUGGGGACAGCUCAGUUCACUCUUGGCCGGGAGCCCAUCUUGGAAGAAGACUACAUCACCGGCAUCGAGCCAUUUGGUGGGCUCGGGGAAGAAGAGAUCUCCACCAUGGGCCUGGAGCCACCCAUCCCUCUCUCUCAUGCACCUCUGCUUUACAGCGAAGCGGGGGUCCUUUUCCCGAAGCAGGCUGACGUCCCAUGUGUGGCGGAAGACCCCUUCGGGGAGGCACUGUUCAGCCCUGACCACAUGACCCGUAGCCUCCCGGUCCAGACAGAGUUGAGCUGCGUCCAGGAUUACAUCAACAUGCGGAAGGAGAGGAUCGUCUACCUCUUCCUGGAGCACUGGAAGAAGUGGACCUUCACGGAGUCGGUCAGGCAGGCCACGCCCAAGAGGAAGAUGGCCGCCUCUGAUGCUGCAAACGCCAACUCGGACGGAGCUCGGCUGAUGCCCUUGGGGAGGAAGCCCAGCGAGGACGACCGGCUGCUGUAUUUCAUGAAGCAGCGGCAAGUGGUCGGGAAGCUGAUCGCCCACUGGAGGAGCAUCAUCAGCCAGGUGCCCACCAGGCAGAUCCGCCGCCUGAGCCGCACCAACAUGCUCUACUGGCCCGAGCACUUCCUGCCCCACAUCAGCGGCACGCCUGUGGCCUACGACAGCCUCACCUUGGACCUCUUCAUGCUGGGCUACUUCCAGCUGUUGGAGAUGAGCAUGAGCCGCGCAGAGCGCAAGUUCCGCCACCUCCUCUGCUACGAGAUGUUCGACCGGCUGGGCAGCCACAGCUGGGAGCUCAUCCGCCACUUCCACAAGGUGGUGAUGGAGGAGGUAGAGGCCGGCAAGAGGGACUGGCUGGACGGCUUCGAGGACCUCAAGCAGGAGUUCUUUGGUGACAACCUGCAGCCCGACCAGGCGGCUUCCGCAGAGCGGUCGGCGGUGUCAUCGCCCCGCCCACCCUCCGUUCUCUCCCAUCAGGCGUCAUCCCAAACAUUGAUCAGCAGUGUCCAAGAGCCCAUCCUGACCACAGAUGAACUGACCCCAGCGUCCCUCGACCCCAAGAGCAGGAAGAACUCGGUCCAGCUCGUUUCGGAGCUUGGGGAGUUUAGCAACGAAGACAUUUGCCGCUAUAUAGACCGCAGCUUCUCCUUUUGGAAGGAGAAGGAGGCUGAGAUGUUUGAUAUCUGAGGGUGCUUCCUGGGAGGGUGGAGAGAGGGCAUGUGCAGAGAGAUUUGGCCCCGGUUUUUUCCAUGCAAACUCAGAGGCACACAGUGCAGACUACCAGCGCCAAUGCGACCCAACCCACCUUUGUGGAAAGUGAUCUUGGGGCUGCUCUCAAAGGCGACAACUUUAUUCAAGCCGGUGGUGGGAGUGAGGAGGGGGCUGAGGACACGGGGGCCCUCAGAGAAGGCCUUGCCAUGUCUUGGCGAACAGAGGCGAGGGGCCAGGUGUGCACUUCGCCUUACUUCUAUUGGGAGAAUGUCUCCAAUUCGUUGAGAACCCAUUGAUUUGCCUUAUUCAGGGCAGGCGUAAAGAAUGUCUCCUUGACCCAUCACGUAAUUUAUACAAGGGAUUCGCUACCAUGAGGUUGGUGGUGGCCAAUCUUGGGGAAAGGACCAGACCAAUUUUUACAGAGUGGUAGGUCUGCCAACCUCUGCUGAUCACAAUGGCUAAACACCAAAUCAGGUCUUUUGUCCAACUAGCUCAGUGUUGUCAACACUUACUGGCAGCACCUCCAGUUUCAGACAGGGGUCUGUUUCCCAACCUGAAGGUGCCCUGCCACUGAGCCAUGGUGCUUCUAGUCACAUUCCUAGAGCUUUGAGAGUAUCUAGGGAAGGUUGUCAUCAUCAUCUCAGCUUCCCAGAGACACCUGAUUGGCCAUCGUGGCAAACAAAAUUAUGUCCCAUGUGAACUAUUCGCCUGGUCUAGCUGAGCUGCCCCUACAAUCCUUUGAUGCACCAGAUCUUUGGUCCACCUGGUACGUCAACAUGUUGAGACCCAAGACAGACCAGCAACAGUGGGGCCACACAUAUGGUCACGGUCAGUACACAGUACCCCUGAAUCUGUGCAGAAUUAGCUUCAAAGGCUCCUUUUCUUUCAGAUCAGUAGGAAGAGCAGACAUCAUAUCUACACUACAUGUCCCCUUCCUGCUCUUCCCCUAUGACCAAAGAUAUGAGGGAAGAUCAGAGCUGAAUAGUCUAAGGCACAGAAUAUCUAUGCAUUUAUUCAUGAUUUGUUUCCCCCUUUGCUGCAUUUAUGAAUGAGAAUAUCAUUAUGAAUUGAAUUUAUAUGCUGCAUAUCAUCCAAAGAUCACAGGGGCAGUUCACAACAUAGAAAUAAAAAUGAGAACACAAAGUACACAAUAAAGCA